AUGACUGAACCGGAAAUCAGAGACUUUUCACCUGGGGGUAUGAGCUCACCGUCAAGAGCUGUUGGAUUUGAUUUGGAGGCUUUCCCUUCAGCUUAUGAUCUCGAACCUUUGACGCAAACUCAAUCUUCCCCUGACUCUAUCAUGGGACAAUCGCCGAUUCGACGUCGUACAACCCGCUCAAGAUCCAAUACAUUUCGCACAGUUGAUAUUUCACCACGUCAACCAGAAUGGCACCCAGGACAAGAACCUGGAUUGGAUCCAUCGAAACCUGAUGGUGGAAGAACAACAGGCUUCAACUUACACGAGGAGUGUCAGAUAACCGUUGUGGAUUUCAGUGAAGAUGAAAUGGUCAAGAGGGAAUUCAAUAAUGAUGAAUUGGUUCAGUUUUUGGAUAUUGAACAGGAGGAAUGGAUCAAGUGCCGAUGGAUAAACAUUAAUGGACUCAGUUGGGAUGUGAUAAAAGCGGUUGGAAAGAGGAAAAAGCUACACAGAUUGGCGAUUGAGGAUAUGGUAAAUCUUAAUAACAGAACAAAGGCAGAUUGGUAUACCGACCAUACUUAUGUUGUUUUGACAUUGCAGAAACUCGUUCAUUUACAUCCGGACAAGGAUAGUGACUCGGAUAGUGAUGGAGACGACGAUCAAGAUGUAACCCUGGAGAGUCCAAAUAAAAGAAAACGAGGACCAUUUCGGAAGGUUUUACAUAAUUUCAUGAGACGAAGGGAUCCCAACGUAGUACCGGUCGAUAAGCUCGCAAAUGGUGUUCAUGAUACUACCAAUGACUUUAUCAAUGGACAGACGGAUGGUGUACAAUCUUCGCCAGUUCAAAAAUUGAGGACUUUACAGAGAUAUCAUGGAGGUCCAAAUCAAGAAAGGGCGGCGCACAUGGAGAAAGUUUCUCCUUUAACACAAAAGAAGUUGGCUGUUAGUGCCGAGCAAGUAUCGAUAUUUUUAACUGCUGGCAAGUAG